UUUUAUAAAAUUCCAACUGGCCCCUCCCAUCUCGUGGUAUCCCAGUAACGCAGCUAUGAGCCUUCUCCUGAUUGGUCCGUUUCCAAGAAUCCGCCAUAUUCAAACUUCCGCCGUAGUCGUGUGUGUUCUGUUGUCAUCGAUCUUCCGCCUUCUUUGUACGCGACGAGCCCAGUUUUCACUCGGCUGGACGUCGUCCUCUGCCCGCACAGACACGACCACGCUUCGAUACAAGUGAUUUCAAAACGAAGCGUCUCGGAAAAUGGAAGAAAACGAGGAAGUGAGCGGAGGGACGGUGGAGAAAAAGAAGCUGAAAGUUCGCAGGAUGUCAUCGAGGACGUCCACGUCCAGUGCCAUCGGCGCCGCGGAGCCUUCUCCACAGACACUGCGGAGACAUAACUCCAAAAAACCUCCGCUCCAGAGAGGCAGCUCCUUCACCUUCCUUACACCGGGGACUCCGUGGGACUUCAGCCUCAAGAGAAAGCGCAAAGAGAAGGAGGAUGACACAGUCAGUCUGUCGAGCUUCGACCUCAAGGAGCCCAGUAACAAGCGUGUACGACCUCUGGCCAAAGUUUCAUCCCUUGUCAACUUGAUAUCUCCGUCAAAGAACGGGGCAGUUCGCCGCUUUGGUCAGACGCUCCAGUCUAUGACGUUGCGUGGUGACAGCAAGUCACCGGGAAUGUCCCUGAGAGCCGGCAGCAAGGCAGCAGGUCCCACUCCCACUAAACGGAGAAACAGUACGCUGUGGUCGGAGACACUGGACGUCCAUCAGAAGAGCACGUUCUCCACCAAAGAGAUCAAGAGACAAGAGGCAAUUCAUGAGCUCUACAGGGGAGAGCAGGACCUCAUCGAAGAUCUCCAACUUGCACGAAAGGCGUACCAUGAUCCAAUGCUAAAGCUCUCCAUCAUGACAGAGGAGGAACUAGCUCACAUAUUUGGGGACCUGGAUGCAUACAUCCCCUUACACGAGGACUUACUGAUAAAACUAACAGAGGGAACUGGCUCCGAUGGAACAGUGGCUCAGAUCGGACAGAUAGUAAUACACUGGCUGCCUGGUCUGAACGCGUACAAGAACUACUGCAGCAACCAGCUUGCCGCCAAAGCCCUGCUAGACCAGAAAAAGCAGGACAGACGGGUCCAGGACUUCCUGCAGCGCUGUCUGGAGUCGCCCUUCAGCAGAAAGCUCGACCUCUGGAGCUUCCUGGAUAUCCCUCGUUCACGUCUGGUGAAAUACCCGCUGCUGCUGCGAGAGAUCCUCAGACACACGCCUCCUGAUCACCCGGACGUAGUCAGUCUGGAGAGAGCUAUUGCCAUAAUCCAGGAGAUUCUGUCCGAUAUCAAUGUGAGAAAAGGGGAAUCUGAGUGUCAGUAUUAUAUAGACAAACUGGAGUACCUGGAUGACAAGCAGCGGGACCCUCUCAUAGACAACUGUAAGACCCUACUUUGUCACGGUGAGCUGCGGAACAAGAGCGGCUCGAGGCUGCACGUGUUCCUCUUCUCUGAGCUGCUGGUUUUGACGCGACCGGUGACACGCAAUGACAGGAGCUGCUUCCAGGUGUAUCGGCAACCCAUACCGGUUCUGGACUUGGCUCUGGAGGACUUACAAGACGGAGAGAUGCGCAUGGGGGGGUCGUUCAGAGGGGCUUUCACCAAUGCAGAGAAAGUGAGGAAUGUUUUCCGUGUGAGCUCUCUGGAUCCUUCCCAUGGCCAGUCCCACACCCUACAUGUCAACGACGUCUACCACAAACAGCAGUGGCUCAACUGUCUACGCACGGCUAUGGCCCAGCAACAGGAGGCUCCACCUAGAGUUCCAAAGGGAGAAGCCAUCAGAGCCAAACGCCGCUCUUCCAGUCUCUCAGCCACCGUCUACGACGAAGAGACGGACGAGAACUGUCCGCCUGUCUCGGGGCCUAAACUCAGGCCUCAGACGCUCUCCAAAACCAGACUGGACCAGAAGUUUCAAGGCUCCGUGAAGAGGAAGGAGACUGGGGUGUAGACAUCAAACCAGAACCUGGUGGUUCACAACUGUGUUCCCCUCAGACAGACACAUUUACACAACAUGUGACCUUUGUCACAUGUUGAUUAAAAUAAUUUUCAUGCCACCACUGUUUGGUGCUUUUGCUUUGCCUCUGUAGCUGCACUGAAAAAUCCUUUCCAAUCAUUUCCGUCCAAAUGUAUAUAAACCUUUAGUCGUUAAAACAUGUAAUUAGUUUACAAAAAAAGUGAUACAUGCCAGUGUGAGUGAGAAGUGUUUACACCAGCGAUAUGUGUGUGGAAUUAGGGUUUUCUCUGUGCGCCCAAGUUAAAAUAACUUUAAACCACUUGUAGCUCUUAUUUCAUUGUUCUUUCCAGUGUUGACCCAUUGGAAAUUUAGCUGUAAUCAAAAUGUCGGGGCAUCUAUAGUAUAGGCAGCAUGUGUGCAGUUGUCUAUUGUACGUGUUAUCUGUGCAAGGAUAAAAGAUCAAGGAGCAGAAAAAUUGUGACGGCCUCAGUUUUCUGUGAGGAAAGCCUGUUGAGUGAGAAAGGGCUAAAAUUAUUUUGACAUUAGUUGAAGGAUGAUGGACAGAACGUUGACCAUAGAUACAAUAAGGUAAAAUACAUUUCUUGUAAAUAAAAUCAAAUGAAUGUAGAUGUUUCUGGAAUAUUGUCAAUCAGGAAGAAAAUAAAACAUUUGUUUGUACCUAAAGA